AUGCUAUGUGGAGUCUUUAUCCCAGAAACUAGGGAAAGCUUUGCUAUGGCUUUUGUUUAUGGUUAUAACACUCUGGCUCAGAGGAGAGAUCUUUGGGCUGAUUUGAAGAGUAUUGCUCAGAGUUCCCCAGCAAGAGGGUCACCUUUGUUGGUUGUCGGGGACUUCAAUCAAAUCCUGACAGCAAACGAGCAUUUUUCUGUGUUGUCGCACCCUUUGCCUCUUUCGGGUAUGUCAGACUUCUCAAGUUGUUUAGAGGAAACUGAUCUUGCUGAUCUGCCAAGUCGAGGAGCUUUCUACACUUGGAAGAAUAACCAACCAGAGGAUCCGGUUUUGAGAAAGUUGGAUAGAGCAAUGGCAAAUGACAGCUGGAGAGUGAACUUUCCUGAAACCUUAGUAGUUUUUGAUCCUCCUGGCGACUCUGAUCAUUCCCCGGCACUGAUUUGCACUUCAUCACACAUCGCAGGGAGUAAGAAGUCUUUCAAGUAUUUCUCCUUUCUGUCCUCUCAUCCUAGGUUCAAAAAGGUGGUUGAUGAAGCCUGGAACUCGGAGAUCCUGCAGAAGUCAAGAGUGAGAUGGCUAGCAGAGGGGGAUGCAAACACAGCUUUCUUUUUUAACUCAGUUGUCGCGAAUCAAGAGGUUACUCCAUUGUUGGUGGAAGGUGUAAGGAGUCUGGUUCCUUUCAGAUGCACGUCGGGACUGGCGAGCCAACUUCUUGAGUUUCCUUCUGCAGGGGAUAUCAGGAGAACUAUUGCCUCUUUGCCUAAAUCAAAGGCACCAGGGCCAGACUGUUUCCCGGUAGAAUUUUACAGGGAGGCUUGGGACAUAGUAGGUCAGGAAACAGUGGUUGCAGUUCAGGAGUUUUUCACUUCUGGUCAUUUGCCAGGGAAUUUCAAUGCAACAGCCAUUACUCUCAUACCAAAAACUCCAGGAGCAGAUACGAUUCCACAAUUCCGUCCCAUUUCCUGUUGUACGACUGUUUAUAAGAUUAUAGCUAGGCUGUUGAAGCAAAAGCUCAAGCUUUUUAUCUCAUAUGCAGUCCAAGGAAAUCAGGUGGGGUUUAUACAAGGCAGACACCUGUGUGAGAAUGUCCUACUCGCUACAGAACUAGUCAGUGAUUUCCACGCCAGCGAAACUAGAACUCGAGGUUGUCUUCAGGUGGACUUGGCCAAAGCCUAUGAUAAUUUGAACUGGCAGUUCCUUGUAAAUGUUCUGAUAGCAAUUGACCUCCCUCCUACAUUUAUUGAUUGGCUCCAACAGUGCUUCACCAGCCCUUCUUUCAGUCUCGCGAUUAAUGGAGAACUCGUUGGUUUCUUCCCAGGUAAGAAGGGGUUGCGACAGGGUGAUCCAUUAUCAUCUCUUCUGUUUGUUCUGGCUCUGGAUGUUUUAUCAAAGAAACUCGAUAAAAUUGCUAUGAAUCAGUCUUUCGGUCCUCAUCCGCUUUGUUUGGCUCCUUUGAUUACUCAUUUGAGUUUUACGAAUCAUAUGCUCAUAUUCUUUGAUGGUCAAGAAGCUUCCCUGGAAGGAAUUUUGGCGAUUCUAGAGGACUUUAAACAGGAGUCUGGGCUAGGGAUUAACAGAGACAAGACGGCUCUUUUUCUAGAUGGAGAAAAUCUUGAGGAGAACAAAUUGAUUGCUGAUAGAGCAGGGUUAGUUCAAGGCUCUUUCCCGGUUCGUUACUUGGGAGUCCCCUUAUCCUCGAAGAAGAUGACUAGACAAGAUUUUCAACCUCUACUGGAUAGGAUUCGAGCCAAGUUUAACUCUUGGACAGUGAGGAAACUAUCUUUUGCGGGUAGGAUUCAGCUGAUUCAAUCGGUUGUGUACUCCACCAUCACCUUUUGGGCCUCUAUCUUCGUUCUCCCAAAUGGACUACUGGAGGAAAUUGAAUCUAUGUGCAGUGCUUUUCUUUGGAAGGGAUCACCGGAUUCAGCUCUUGGUGCAAAGGUCUCUUGGGACUCAGUCUGUACUCCAAAAGAAAAUGGAGGUUUGGGGUUGAAGAGGUUGGUCAAUUGGAACAAAGUCUUGGCUCUCAAAUUGAUUUGGGGAGUCAGUUUUUGGGAAGUCAAUGCUACUUCGGCAGGUAGCUGGAUUUGGCGGAGUCUCUGCAAGCUGCGGCCUUUAGCAAGACCCUUUGUGGUGUGUGAAGUUGGCUCUGGAAUAACAUGCAAUUUCUGGACAGAUAAUUGGACUUCCCUCGGUCCUUUGCUGGAUAUCACGGGAGAGGCAGGCCCAAGAGUCUCUGGUCUUCCUCUUCAUGUGGUUGUAGCAGAUGCGGUGGUUAAUGGUCAAUGGUGGAUAUCCACCAGUAGGAGUCGUAGCCCAAUCAUUCAGUUACUGAAGUCUUGCCUCCCACCUAUCCCCUCUUCGGUUGUUACUCAAGGGGAGGAUGAAGAUGAUCAGUUCUUGUGGAAAAUUGGAGAUGCUCAGGCGUCUGACUCGUUCUCAACAGCUGCAACCUGGAAAUAUCUUUAUCCUCCAGGGCCUAUAGUGGAUUGGUUUGACUCGGUUUGGAUCAAGGGGAGGAUCCCCAAACAUUCCUUCAUUGCUUGGCUAAUCUCACGACACAGACUCCAUACGCGGGAUCGGUUGGUGCGUUGGGGUCUGUUGGUUCCCUCUGUUUGUCUUCUUUGUAAUACUCAUGACGAGACUCGACAACACUUAUUUUUUGAUUGCCCUUACGCUGAUGAGAUAUGGCGACAUUUCACUGAUAAAGCUCAAGUAGUUUCUCCACUGGAAUUUGAGACUCGAGCGAGAUGGUUAAGACAACCUUCAAGGAACAAAAAUGUGGCUACUAUUCUUAGAUUGGCUUACCAAGCCUCCAUGUAUGCUAUCUGGAGGGAGAGAAAUUCCCGACUCCACCUUGCCACUUCUAGACCCGCUUCUGCAGUUCUGUUGGAAAUAAAAACCAUUCUCCAACUUCACCUCGGUGUUACUCGUUAUUGGAGGCACUGGGUUGUAUUUGCCAAGUUUUUGGUCUUCAAAUGA